GACGUGUAGUGGUUUCUUCGUGGACGUGGAUUUCAGAAAGCAGAAAGUGGUCCAAAAGUGCAGAAGUGGCUUCGGUUUCGUGCGCUGGACAUUCACUAAUUUCACCUGUGCGUGGCAGACGGACUUAAAGUGCUGCCUUAUUAAACCUUUCCCCGUUGGUGAACCGACAACAACAGAAAUAAAAUGCCUGCCCCAGCCAGCUCCACGUCCGUCGGUAGCGGAAGCCGUUCCCCGACGAAGCCAUCGUCGGCACCCCGGGCCAGCGGCGCCGGAGGUUCGAGCAAUCUGAAGCAGCGCAAGACCACCACGACGGCGACCGCCGCCCGGAAUCGCACCACAGGAACCGGAUCCGGUGGCAUGUGGCGCUUCUACACCGACGAUUCCCCCGGCAUCAAGGUGUAAGUACUUUCACUGGGUUU